AUGAGUCCCCGUUCGGUUACCUUAUGGCAGUUCUUGUUGGAUUUGUUGGCAGAUGAGAGAUAUGGCCAAGUUGUGCAGUGGGUCAACAAGGAAAGAGCCGAGUUUAAGGUACGUUGUUGGUGGUUUUACAAAAUCGAGUAAAGUGGAGACAACGAGAUACAUCUGGAUUUUUUUUAGUCAUAAAUAUCUAUGUUUUCAGCUUAUCCAUCCCGAAGCGGUCGCUCGUCUUUGGGGCCUCCGCAAGGACAAGAAGAAGAUGAAUUAUGAUAAGCUUUCCCGUGCUCUGAGGACCUAUUACAAGAAGAAUAUUAUGGUGAAAGUGAAGGGAAAGGAGUUUGUCUACCGGUUUGUUCUCAACAGCAAGAUGAGUUUUGGGGGAGAUUCGGUGGAAGAGUCAUCAGAAGGGAGCCCUUCAGUUGCCAAUUCUUCAACCAGCUCUUCAAAUAACAGCUCUUUGGAUAAUUCAGCUUUAUCAUCAAAUUGUCGGUCUUUUAGCAUUGACAAAAUUACCAGCGAUGAAGGUAAGUUUCAAGGUAAUAAUAUUUUUUCAGGAACUUCUUUGGCUGGCCCUUCGUCGGCAAGCAAAAGCUCCUCUCCUUUAGUUGACACGCCAAAACGGCGGCCCUUUCAAAGAAAUGGGAAUGAAGUAAAAUCCGAGCAUUCACAGAACGGUAAGCAUAAUAUUAUACAUUUCAUAAUGUUAAAGAUGCCGGUUUAAUUACUUUUAAAUGAUAUGGGUCAACGCUGAUUUCGUUGCAGGUACCCCCGCUCUACAGCUUCCUCAGCAAAGUGCUGUGCCGCUCCUCAAUCAAGGUUUGGUCGAGAAAUUUAUGCUUCUCCAAGCGAUGACUGCUUACAACCUACAUAACUUCAAAACAUCGGGGUCUAACUGUUAG